GAAAUAUUACACAGCUGCCAGAUUUUAGGGUCUGAUUUGACAUUGGAUCAGCCAUUCGGCUACAAACUGAAUAAUGAUUGAUUGAUAAUUCGUUCCAAAAACCUUUUUCUUGAAGCCACUUUUUUCUCUCGACGUACCCGUGAUCAGAAGCAAUGAUGAUGUUGCUCGCACGAUUAACGGCGCCGAGGGGGCUGGCUAGCCAGAGAUCCCUAUCAUGUCUUCGAAUAGGUAGUUUCAGAUACGCUAGUCAAAUUGUGAAAAAUAAAACACCGCGAACAGCAACCCCACGACCUGUACCAACACCACAAUAUGCAAGCAAAAGGCCCGCAUACCCCGAACGUCUGCUUAUCUAUCAUUCUGGGACUGGAAGAACAGUGUUCCUUGGCUGCUUGAAAGUUACAACUAUCUUCAUUUUUGUAUUUUUUACUCUAGUUGUAGCGCCAGCACAUUACUAUGCGGAGGAUGAACCUGAAUGGGUGGCACCUGCUGUUCUACUAUCUGGAGCUGUUCCAGUAGUGUUCGUGGCAUACAUUACAUCACCAUUUGUCAAUUACAUCCAUCUCAAAUUGCCCAAUUUUGCUCGCAACUCACGAGAUCUAUUGAUGAGAUACUCAAAGAACCCACCAAAAGAUGCACAGAUCGAUAUCACUACGAUGAACUUUGUAGGAAAACCAAGAGUGACUAGACUCGACAUUUCCGAAUUGCAAGCUGUAAAGCAAAGAUUUGGAGUUGUGAAUUUUUCUCGAGAUACGAAAAAGAUUAACGCCACGAGAAAAUGGUGGAUGCCAAAGGCUGUACGAGUAUUUGGGGUUCAUGGUGGAGCAGGAAGAGUCAGGGAAGGGGAAGCCUGGGAAAACAUUGCCAAGAAAAUACGAAAGGUCUCUUGAUAUUAGUAAAAUCCUCAAACACCCCCAACGGGAAAGCAUUUGCAAGUGUAAAGAGAUGUUGUAAAAAUUCAACGCUAUUCUGCUCCA